AUGAGCCUUUCUCAAUUAUGUGAAGAAAACAAGAAAAUCCAUUUCGUUCCUCAAAAAAGGUAUGAGUCUUUAUAUUAUGACGAAUGGACUUAUAGCAUCGCCCCUUCUCAUUCAGAUGAAAUAAAUGUAUAUUUUGCCGUUUUAGAUUAUUUCAACUGGACUCAAGGAUUUGUAAUUACUGACGAAGAUAACGUAUACAAUAAAAAAUAUUUUUUAGAAUAUUCAGCAACUUUUAAUUAUUUAGCUGUAGACACAUCGAAAAGCAUACAAAGUUUACUCCGUCUUUUAAACUGAAACCAAAAUUUCUAUUCCAAUUUAUGGCAUUUUUUUUGUAAAAAAAUAAUUAUAAAAUAUUUAAAAAUAUAUAGCUGAGCAAAUAUUUUUGAAUUUUAAUUUGUUUUAUAAGAAUUAAUUUAAAAUAAAAUCGAUUCAAUGUGCCAACUGUUUAAUUAACUUUUUAUUAGUACUUCCUUUACUAAUUUUUAAAAAAAAAAAAAUAGAAAAAUCAAUAUAAAUUCAAAAAUAUUAUUGGAUGCAAUUUUUGAAUUUUAAUUUAUUUUUUGGAUAGAAUUAAUUUAAAAACAUUAAUAAUUUAGCGUGCCAGCUGUUUGAAAGGAUUAAAUUUAAACUAUUAAUAUAAAACAAGUAUUUUUAUAUCAAUCCAAUUUUCAAAAUUGAAAAAAAAAUUAUUGGGAUUAAAUAUCCAAAAAAUUGAAAUUUUACCUAUAUUUUGCUUCUAAUCAAAGGGGGGAGUCAGGCAAAUUUGCUUAG